AUGAAAAAUAGCCCAGAAAGCAUACCUCAAUUGCCGGAUUUGGUGCCCGGAGGAGAGAGAACAACGGCGGCGAAGAUUCGGCCUAAACGGAGCAAUUCACGGCGGCAGGAUGGACGGCGACGGCGGAGAAGCUCCUGGGUUCGACGGUGGCGGCGGCAGGGUCUGAUUUGGGGCGGAGUAGGGGCUGAGGUCACGGCGGAGAGAAAUGGAGGUUUAGGGUUCCGUUUGAGAAAUUGGGGAAGAAGGAGAAGAUCGCGAUUUUCAGAAAACUUAUUCGACUUUGCGCGACGAAUAUAG